AUGGAAAAUCGGAUGAGGGGUAAAUCCAGAGCUCUCGUCCAUUUUUGUGUGCUAGUUCAGAUUAUGUGCUGUGUUUAUUAUGCAACGAAUAUGAUUCGCCAUCGUCCCGGAUUUGCAGUCCAACAUUCUGGAAUAUCAGAUUCUGAAAUUUAUCCAAAUCGAAAGUAUGAAGGAGAAUACAUUCGUUAUGAGACCAAAAAAUAUGGACAAGAUUUCUGUGUGGCUUAUAAUGUGACUAGAGCAACUGGUAAUUUUCGAGACGAUGGAUUGGAACCGAUCUCACUUGUAAUUCAUGCAACGUCGCAUUUUAUGAGGGAGAUAGAAGGACAGUGUUCCUCUCGUAACUGGAAUGGUCCCAUUUCCGUAUCCCUUUUCGUGGAUCGAACAUCCAGUGAAGCCGUAGAAUACCUUCACGAAGUUCAUCGAUGUUCUUCAAAAGUGAAUCAAAAGCUAAGCCUCCACGUCGUCUACAGAAUGUCCCCAUUUCAAAAAACCUGCGAUCCAAUCUCAAUAAAACGAUCCAAUAGAAAAUGCAACUCGUUUAAUGCCACAAUCAGAUCAAGAGAACGCGGUCGAGUGAUUCCUCCUUUCCAGAUUUAUCCGAUCAAUGUGAUGAGAAAUGUUGCAAGGAAAGGGGCAUUGUCUGAUAUUCAUAUGGCAGCCGAUGUGGAAAUGGUGUUCAGUGAGGGAUUUGCAGUGAAGAUGAAGCCAAUCGCUAAUCAGUAUAUUAAUGGAAAAGAUAAAAAGUUGUUGGUGAUAAGAGCAUUUGAAUUUCAUCACAAAUAUUUUCCAGCAGGCCAUACAAUUGAGUCCCUAUGGCAAUGGUUUCGAAUGAGCAAGAAUCAAACGGAAGCAUACGCAUGGCAGAUUGGUUAUAAAAGCAGUUCCUGGGAAGCGCAGUUAAUAAUGCAUCGGAAAGAUCCAUACAACCCAGAAUACAUUCCGACCAGAAUUCGUGAUCAGCAAAGUUUGGUUUACGAGUUGUGUCGUGCCAACUAUACAUUUCACCUGGCGUCCCACGUGUUCAAUGUUCAUCGUGGAGUCAAGACAAAGGAGACCAAUCUGUCGUCAGCGGUUCUAACGCAUCAGAAGAGACUGAGAACGAGAUCCUACAAACGCUUCAUGCACUACAUUAACAGCACUUAUCCGGAUACAUUUGACCAGUGUGGAAGAUUUGUGAUGUGA